AUGGAAACAGCAGCCGCAGCAGAAACUCUUAAUGAAAUUUGUGCAGAUGUUGAUGCCAUAAUGGCGAAAACACUGCCCAAGUAUGUCAUCAUCCAAUCGAGCCAAAAGGACAAUAGCUACCUACACUUGUACAAAGAACAUCCUUCGUUCUGUAAUGCCCUCCGAUUCGUUGGAGGUUACAGUUUUGGGCUCGAGACGAGGUUCGAACUGGUGCCAGCUACCACUGGAGCUGGACUCUUCCAUAUACGGUCUUUGCUGAACAACAAGUACUGGGAAAAUUUUGGUACGGACAACAAUUGGGUCAGCGCCAUGGCCGACAAACCUGUGGAGGAUCAGUCAGAAAACCGUUGCACGCUCUUCCAGCCUGUUUUUGUGCAUUCCAACAACAACCGUAUACUUAGGCUCCGCCAUGUACACACAAAAAAAUUUGUUACGUUCUUUCAUGGUACCGGGGAUGAUUGUGCUUUGUUGUCUUUAUUGACCGGCGACGAAGGACACGAUGUUUGCACCUUCAUUGACUGGGAAUCUGUUGUGGUGUUGCCUGACGUUAUCAGGAUCAAGAGCAACAACGGAAACCACCUUCGGGGCUGGAGGGACGCUUUCAUGGACUACAGAGGAAAAGCCGACAACACCUCAAGGUUUGACUUCGAGGUGUCUCCAAGCCGCGACGGAGGCAUCCGCCUGAAGAACAUUCACUUCGGCACUUACUGGACGGAUAUGAAUGACAGUGAUUGGGUAUUGUUAAAGCAUCCUUCCCCCACAGUCCAUGACACCAACACCGUGUUUUUACCCACGAUACUUGGGGGCAACCGCAUCUACAUGCGAAGUCUGAUAAACAACAGGUUUUGUAGCAGACAUACAGACCCAGAAUGGGAUAGGGAGAACUGCCUUGCCACACUUAAUACGUGGCCCGACAAUUGCUGCAACAGCUGCACCAUGGAGAUCGAGGAGCCUGUUAUCUCAAGGACGAUCUCUAACGUCAUAUACCACCUUACUGAUGCAAGGCUUUACAACAAGAAGACUCUUGCACUUAUCACUGAUGAUACCUGUAACGAAACUCCACUUCCCCAAACGUCAGAGAUAAAUCUCAAGACCACAGUUCGCAAUACAACUAACUGGAGUAAUAGUGUCACGUUGAAACUGGGUGUCAAGAUGAAUGGAACCCAUGCUGUCCCAGAUAUAAAAUCGGGUUCGCUUGAGAUUUCCACUGAGGUUACCAAAUCUUUUGAAUGGGGAGAAACGGAGACAGAAACCCAAGAAGUCAGGUCCGUGCGAACUAUCACUGUGCCUCCAAUGAGUAGAGUGAAGGUGACUCUGAUGGGAACACGGGUUUCGUACGAUAUACCCUUCUCAUACACUCAGCGUGACGUCUUAAUAAAUGGGACUACAAAAGUUUCUGUGAAGCACGACGGCCUCUUUACUGGCAAAGGUGGCUACGACUACAAACACGACAUUGUCCAGCUUGCUCUUUAG